UAGCAGCUAGGGCAGCUGCGUUGCGUGCUCUCUCGCAUGUAAAAUGUCGAACCACAAGAUGCAGGGUUAGCCAUUACUCUUCCGGCAACGACUGUUAUGCAAGCAGUCCUUCUGUGCAAGCGUGCAAGCAAAUCAUCUGAUCAAUUAGAUUACGAUCCAACCACAGAUACAACCAUAGUUUAUUAGGUGUUUUUUUAUAAAGAUUACUGAGCUGGUGGUGGAAGGGUUUAAGUGUUAAAUGUGACCUACGGUUGGAUCACGAUCUAAUGAAUCAGAUGGUUUGCUUGCACGCUUGUAUAGAAGGACUGCUUGCAUAGCGGUCGUUGCCUACUCUUCCAGUUAUUCAGAGCCAAGCCAACCAACACGAGCGAGACGUCUAGAUAGCCGUCCAGGAGGAGAGGAGAGAGUAAACCAAGAAACAGUUAGUUUAUCGUAGCUAGUAGCUGGCCAGCAAGAGGAUCGGAGUGAGAGGAUCAGAUAACAGGCAAUGAUGAAGAGGAUGGUGAUCGUGAGGCGGUGCCACCCGCCGCCGCCUCCACCGGUGCUCCUCUUCGGCGGGUGCCCCAGCGCCGGGGGCGUGCGCUACGGGGAGUGCCGGCGGAACCACGCGGCGAGCAUGGGCGGCCACGCCGUGGACGGGUGCCGCGAGUUCCUGGCCGAGGGGGAGGAGGGCACCGCCGCCGUGCUCCACUGCGCGGCAUGCGGGUGCCACCGCAGCUUCCACCGCCGCAUGGUGCAGCGCUCCUGCUGCUUCUGCUGCGACAGCGCCGACGUUGCCGUUGCCGCAGCCGCAGCCGCAGCCGCAGCCGCCGAACGGUGGGACGACGACUGCUCGCCGGAGUCCUCGGCAUCCAGUUCCACACCCAGGUAGAAGCCAAAAAAAAAAAGAAUCAGCACGCGCCCGGCGCCCGGGCAAUUCGAUCUUUCUCUCACUAGCAUAGGGCUCGACCAUAUCUGUUGCCUAGUUAUUGCUAUUGCUUUGCUCUUGGAAUAUUGUAACGUACAACCAAUUCAUCACACACUCCCCGUGUCUGUAUGCCCUCUCUUCCAUUUUUUUGUACUAUGAGAUUAUUGAGUUCGUAGGAUGGAUUUAUGUGACAUACGACAUAAGACGUUUUGCACUAGACGGAUGAGUGAUGGAUGGAUGGAUAUUGUCCUUUCUCCCUCUAUUCAGAAAAUGUAUACCUUUACAGUUGUAUAAUUUGAACGGUAAAUAUAACUA